AUGAGGAACGAGCUUUCCGCGCUCCAGGGUCUGCGAGCCCUCGAAAGGAAGAAAGUUCUUACCAAUCGCAUCUACAGACAUCUACAGGCAAGGCCAGCCGAAUUCUGGAAGUGGACGCAUCUUGGAAAGGCGCGAAGUGUUUUCGAUAUGUUCGGACGGUCUGCUGUCAUGGCGCUUCCUGCAGUCAGAGGUCUUGACGCAGAUGCGCAAGACCUCCUCGAUGCUAGAAGCCAGUUUAUCCAGGAGGUUGAGAUGUUAAAGCCUGAACGGGGCUUCAAUACGCGGAAAGGUCUUGAGAGCCUUCACGAGCAGCUCAAGGAAGUCCCGUCCUUAGGCAACAUGCUUAAUAUGUGGGAGGGUCGAGUUGUGAAGCUGGCCAGUCUGUACGAGAUUGAAGCCACUCAGAGGCAAGAAUCAUUUGCUUAG